AUGAAGUUGGUUCGAUUUCUCAUGAACUUGCCCUCGGCAGUCAACCAGCCCGUUACUGUAGAGUUGAAGAACGGAAAUUCCGUGAACGGUCAGGUGUUGUCCUGUUCGCCCCUGAUGAAUCUUUCCAUGAAGAACAUCAAACUCAUUCAACAGCAUCAAGAUCCACAACUCAUGCAAUUCAUGAAUAUUCGUGGAAAUCAGAUACGGCAGAUUAUUCUCCCGGAUGAUCUAAACAUCGAGGAUCUUUUGGCGAAAAGUGAAUUGAAGAUCAAAGGACCAGGAGCUAAGCCCAGCAAGACACUUUCUGAUCGGAAAAAGCCUUUCAGAAAGGGUAAGCGUGCAUUUUAG